CAAUCUCUUCUUCUUCUCUUUUCUUAAGAGAACUUGAGAAAUUAAACCCAGCUACUGGGUUUCAUUGAAGCCUCAAACUUAGUAGAUCUUAUCAAAUCAAAUUAACCCUUCAAUAAACAAUAUCAAUCAAACUCUAAUCAAAUUCCAACAAACAUACAAUCAAAUUGUAAAUCAACUCUCAAAUUUAUUAACAACUGGGAAUGAAAAUCGAAAGAAGAAUGAAAAAACAUGAAUCUAGCAUCGAAACAGCAAAGCUUGGUUCAUCGGAACCCAACUGGGUCUCGUCGAACCCAACAGCUGGGUUCGGGGAAACCCAGCCUGCUGGGUCUCGUCGAAACCCAACAAGGGAGACCCAGCCAGGCUAGGUUCCCUCGUCCUAGCCUUGCUGGGUUCGGGGAGACCCAGCCAGGCUGGGUUCCGACGAGACCUAGCAGGCUGGGUUCGUCGCAGCCAUUGGAAUCCAGCCUGGUAAAGACCCAGGGUAGGAAAGAAAGAAAGAGAAAGAAAGAAGGGGAAGAAGAGGGAUUGGGAGGGUGAGGGUAAUUAGGUCUGCUACAUUCUUGUAUUGUACCUCCUCUUACAGAGAUUGCACACUUCCUUUGCUUCAUGGUGAAUAGCCUUUUGGUGAUCAAUUAGCCCUUUCAAGCUUUUGAAAGAAGUCCCAUUAUCACAAAGAUGACAAGGGAAGUGUGGUGCUUCUUGUUGGUUAUUCAUGAUGGAGAUAUGCAAAAAAUUAAAGUUUAAAAUAUGCU